AUGAGUGCCCGGAGCCGGACCCUGAGCCGGACCCAUCGAAAUUACCCAGCUGAGAUAGAAGCCACUAUUGACCGCCUGAUCAGCCUGCAUGUGGAAGCCUCAGAUACUUAUCUCUCUCUGGCGUUCUUUUUCAAAGAUAAGGCAUCUGUGGAAGUGGCAGGCUUGAUUCACUUCUUCCGAGAUCUGUCUGAAGAGAAGCGCCACGGUGCCCACCUUCUCCUGAUGCAAAGUCAGCAGAGCAGCUGUGACCUCUUCUCCCAUGAGCAGACGAUGCCCUCAUAUCAGUGUGAUGGGAUGCUGGAUGCCAUGGAAACUUCCUUGGCCUUGGAGAAGCACCUGUACCAAGUCCUUCUGGAGCUUCACGCCCUGAGUUCAAGCAACAGAGACCGCCACCUCUGCCAUUUCUUGGAGACGCGCUUCUUAGAGAAGGAGAUGAAGCUCAUGAAGAAGUUGAGAGACAACCUGAGUACCCUCCGCCAGCCCACCAGCGAGGAGGUCAGCCUGAGUGAGUGUCUCCUCAAAAGGAUCACGUUCACUGGUGACUAG